AUGAGUUCAGAGUUUUCAGCAGGUGCUGUAUAUGAUAGAUUGUUCUCUGUUAACCUUUUCAUCGGCUUUUUAAAAUACUAAAACAUUCCAAUGAGUACUGAAGAAAAAGUCAGCAUGUUGGUUGUGUCGUUUUACUGAAACUUCAAAAAUUAACCCCUCUGUUCUGUGUGGUCUUUUGCAGAUAGACUGAAUGAUAGCCUGAGAAGCUAAACUCUAGUUUUUGCCUUUGAAAUUUUGAUGUAGAAUGAUUUUCAUUUUCUUUAUAGAUCGAGCUGCAGUGUUGUUGCCUUUGAAGUUUUUCCCGUCUUCAGUUGUCUUGAAUCUCUCUGAUGUUUCUGCUUUUCUAGAUUUUAAAUUAGUCAUUCUUCAGCUGUCAGUCUUUAAAAUAGACGGACAAAUACUCCCAUUGCUUUGAUAGGAUUAAGUCAGAUGUGUGCUUUAGGAAGUUAAUUGAUAACUGACUGUAAGGAAAGAUGUGAACCAGGAGAACAAUCUCUGGCUACGAGAUUGGCUAUCCCAAAGUGAUUGGCAGUAUCAGAAGAGAGAAAGUGGCAUGUAACAGAGAUGUAAAGGGAGAACUCUUAAGAUUUGAGAAAAGAUUGGAUAUUCCAAGUGAGAGAGAGUAAGGAGUGGAAGAUAACACUUGGGCUGAAAGUUUGGGUGAUCAUGUUUGUUCAUGUAAUAGGAAAGUUAAGAAAAGGAGAAGAAGAAAAAGGAAGGGAAGGACCGGAGGAGGUGGAGGAACGGGAGUGGGUAUAGGGGGAUGGAGGCGGUAGGGGAGAAGAUGAGGGAUGAAUGGGGGAGGGGAAAGGAGAAAAAGAGUGUGUUCUGCGCCCCUCCUUCCACUAGAGGGCGCCCGUCACACUGCCGUGCCGUGCCGGAGGAGGAAGGCGACGUUCCUUCCCUUAAUCUUCCUCCUUUCCUCUAGUUCUCCUUUCGCUUUCCCCGCCAGGCUGGAGGCGGGGACGCGCCGUACGUGCGGCGGGGGCGGAGCCGGGGCGGCGGGGGCGGCGGCUGCAGGGACUAUCUGAGAACCGCUGGUGCCCGGUAACGGAGGCCGCCGGAACCACUCGAGUCCAGCCCGCGCCCCGCUCCGGGACCAUGGAGAUUGGCACUGAGAUCAGUCGCAAGAUCCGGAGUGCCAUUAAGGGAAAAUUGCAGGAAUUGGGAGCUUAUGUAGAUGAAGAACUUCCUGAUUACAUCAUGGUAAUGGUGGCUAAUAAGAAAAGUCAAGAGCAAAUGACUGAAGACCUUUCCCUUUUUCUAGGGAACAACACGGUUAGAUUUACUGUAUGGCUUCAUGGUGUAUUAGAUAAACUUCGCUCUGUAACUACUGAACCUUCUAGUCUAAAAUCUUCGGAGACCAAUAUCUUUGAAAGUAGUUUGCCUUCAAACAAGAGCAGUUUAGGUGGAGGAGAUGAAAGAAGACAUGAGGAUACAUUGCUACCUCUUGCUGUUUCUAGUACUCGAUCUGAAAAAAAUGAUUCCAGAGUUUCUACAAGUUCACAAGAUCACAGAACAUCUACUAUCAGUAGACAGCCUUAUGAUGAUGGAACUGCAGCUCGAUUGAUGUCAACAGUGAAACCUCUUCGAGAGCUAGCCCCCUCUGAAGAUGUAAUUGAUAUUAAACCAGAACCAGAUGAUCUUAUCGAUGAAGAUCUAAAUUUUGUCCAGGAAAACACUCUCUUAUCACGGAAAAAACCUAUAGUGACAGUUACGUACAGUUCUACUCGUCCUUCUGUUGAAAUCUACCGGCCUCCAGGAAGUCGAAAUACAGAUGGCAGUGCACAUUUACACAGGUUGCAUUUACAGCAGCAGAACAGUAUUCAGACUGGCAAACAGCUAGACAUACAGACCAGCAGGUCAUUUGAAACAAUACAUCUGUGUGAAUCGGAAGCAUUUAGUGGCUUAGCAGAGACCUAUAGGCCUAUCGCCAAAGCAAACUCUGAUAAAAUAAGCAAUGAGGAAGAAAACUUUCGAAAGAGAAAGUUACCUGUGGUAAGUUCAGUUGUUAAAGUAAAAAAGUACAAUAAUGAUGGAGAAGAGGAAGAGGAAGAGGAAGAAUAUGGAUUACGUAUAGGAAGUGUGUCCAGCAGUGUGUCUGUGCCAGCAAAACCUGAAAGAAGACCUUCACUCCCACCAUCCAAACAAGCUAAUAAGAAUCUAAUAUUGAAAGCUAUAUCAGAAGCUCAGGAAUCUGUUACAAAAACAACCAACUAUUCUACAGUCCCACAGAAACAGACGGUUCCAGUUGCUCCCCGAACUCGUACUGCUCAGGAAGAAUCUCUAAUAGAAGUGGUCCAGGGGCAAAGCAGGCUCCCCAGAUUAAGUCCCCCAGUUCAACUAGAGGAAGCAAAAGAACAGAGUUUAGAAAGAAUUCAAGGAGCUCAACAAAGGCAGUUGUUUUCCCGACUGCAAAUUGACCCAGUAGUGGAGGAAACUUUACAAAUGAGUCCAGAUUACUAUGACAUGGAAUCCAUGGUCCAUGCAGACACAAGAUCGUUCAUCCUGAAGAAACCGAAGCUGUCAGAAGAAUUGGUAGCGACUCCGAACCAGGACUCUGGACUGAAGACUGCAGAUACACUUCGGGUUCUUUCAGGACGGCUCAUACAAACACGAGAUCUUGUACAACCAGAUAAACCUGCAAGUCCCAAGUUUAUAGUGACGCUGGAUGGUGUCCCCAGCCCUCCAGGAUACAUGUCGGAUCAAGAGGAGGAGGACAUAUGUUUUGAAGGAAUGAAACCAAUAAACCAAACUGCAUCCACAAUCAAGGGAUUAAAAGGCCUCCGCCCACAGCAGUCACAGUUGAUGAGCAGGCAGCUUGAUGACCCUGAUGGUAGUUUUUCAAAUGUUGAAAUGAGUGAAUUGAGUAUCACCCAGAAACCAGAGAAACUACCAGAGCGCUGCAAGUACUGGCCUGCCUGCAAAAAUGGGGAUGAAUGUGCUUAUCACCAUCCAACUUCGUCCUGCAAAGCCUUUCCCAAUUGUAAAUUUGCUGAAAAAUGCUUGUUUAUUCAUCCAAAUUGUAAAUAUGAUGCAAAAUGUACUAAACCAGAUUGUCCCUAUACUCAUGCCAGUAGACGAAUCCCAGUGCUGCCUCCCAAACCAGCACCAACGCCAACACCAACAUCUUCCAGUAGUCAGCUUUGUCGUUACUUCCCUGCUUGUAAGAAAAUGGAAUGUCCCUUCUAUCAUCCAAAACACUGUAGGUUUAACACUCAGUGUACGAGACCUGACUGCACAUUUUACCAUCCAGCAAUUACUGUGCCACCACGUCAUGCCUUGAAAUGGACUCGACCUCAAACCAGUGAAUGACAACCAGACAUUGUAGCUAGAAGAUCAUGGAUUUUAAAAGCUCCCAUCUUUGAACUCUACUGGUGAAAGACAUUCUACAAAUUUAUCAGAUCUUUUGAACUUGGAAUAUAUUGUUUUCAUAAUAUGAAGUUUGUUGCCUAUUUGAAGUGUCUAAUUUUUCAAAUUUGUAAGUUUUAUUAAGUGGUUUUAACAUGGGUUUUUUACUAUGAAGAGAAGUCAGUGUGUAAGGAAAAAAAAACUUACUUUAAAUUCCAUUAAAACAUUUUGAGGCAUGGUUUGUAUCCUGCUACUUUGAGUCCCAGUGUUUAUAAAAUUAGAAUUCUGAGUGUGGUAUCGAAAGUAAUUAAAAGAUUGAUUGUAUCAUUUUUA